CACACACUGCACAUCUUCCUGAUGAGCAGGACCAGAAGAAACUUCUUCCAUUUAUUCUCUUUUUUGGUUUUAUAGGGUUGCAGCCUUUAUUUAGUAAUAAUUAAAACUCACAUGUUGUGGGUUUCUUGCCGAACUUUAUUCAUCUGUCGUUAGAAGGAUGUUGAUGAUUUGAUGACAGGACAGUACGGCAGUCUCACCGUUGAAACCUUUACUGUCCUGUGGCCUGGAGAAUCAGCGAUACUCCCAAUCUUCAGCAACAUUCCUGGAUGGUGGACUUUUCCCUUCCAGCUUUUAAAGUCUCGGAAAACAAACGGCAACAUUUGAAAUGGAAAUGCUCGUCAUAUCACAGUUAAAGUGAAGUAUAGAUGAAGAAAUGAGGCACUUUUCCUACAGUGAGUUCCCAACAAAAUGCCAAGGCGAAGAAAUCUUCUCACCGCAAUCCUCAUCGUCUUACCCUGGACCAUACUCUUAACAAUCUGGCAUCAGAAUUCGAGGGAUUUUUAUUUUGCCAUUAAGAGAAAAGAGCCAGACAAUGGAACAAAACGGGCAAUCACCAACAGCUCACAUAGCAAGGAGGAACAAGAUGUCUGUAUUCACCAGCAGCCAGUGCAAAGUCAGACCUACAUCAAACUGGAAUAUGUCUACACCAGGCCACCCCAGUGGUCUCAGUCUUUACCAACCAUCUAUGUCAUAACACCAACCUAUACCAGACCUGUGCAGAAAGCAGAGCUAACCAGACUGGCUAAUACUUUCCUCCACGUGCAGAACUUGCACUGGAUUGUGGUCGAGGACUCCCCCCGGAGGACCAGUUUAGUAGCACUGCUGCUGGAAAAGUGCGGAAUGAAUUUUACUCACUUGAAUGUUCAAAGCCCAAAAAGCAUGAGAUUGGGCCCCACUAAGUCAUCAUCGCGAGCUCCAAGAGGCACCCUGCAAAGAAACCUGGGCCUUCGCUGGCUGAGAGACAGGCUGAACCCAAAUGACUCUUCGGAGGGUGUAGUUUAUUUUGCAGACGAUGAUAAUACAUACAGCUUGGAACUCUUUGAGGAGAUGCGAUUCACGAAAAAGGUCUCAGUAUGGCCAGUGGCUUUUGUUGGUGGACUGCUAUACGAGUCUCCCAAAGUGAACACUGCAGGAAAAGUUGUUGGCUGGAAAACUGUCUUCGAUCCAAAUCGACCUUUUGCUAUUGAUAUGGCAGGAUUUGCAAUCAAUGUUAAGUUGAUACUCAAGAAAUCUUCAGCCAACUUCCAGCUCUAUGGUGUCAAAGGAGGAUACCAGGAGACUAGCUUGUUGCGCGAACUUGUAACUUUAAAAGAACUGGAACCUAAAGCUUCAAAUUGCACUAAAAUCCUAGUUUGGCAUACUCGGACUGAGAAACCAGUUCUAAUUAAUGAAGGAAAGAAUGGAUUUACUGAUCCAAGAGUGGAGGUGUAACCUUUACUCAAACAGAAAGCACUUUCCGUAUGCCAUGAAGGUCUUCUGCAGAUUGGCUUAUACCAUGACAAUGUUUCAAGCCAUACAAGUCUUCGUAUUAUUUGAUGUAAAAUGUCCUACUAAAAUCUCUAUUGCACAGA